AUGGAGUACGUUACCCAUCUUCCACAAAACGAUCCCUCUGUAGCCACCACCUCGGUUCACGGACUUUCGUUCACAUAUCCGGUGCAAUACUACGAUUUCCAUGUCUACUACUAUGCGCAUAAUGCAAAGUCGCUUACCGAGUCCGACAACUUAAGAGCCAAGUUACUUGAAGACUUCCCUGAAGAUUCAGCCAAUGGCUCCAUCAUCGUGAAGAAGUUGCCCGAUGACAAGAUCAUUGGCCCACAUCCAACGCAGUUCUGGGAGGCGGAUGUGAGAAGACCUGAGGUGUUCAUCAAGGUUCUCAGUUGGUUUCAAUUGUACCAUGGAAAUUUGUCAGUUCUUAUUCACCCUCAAACGGGUAACGAUUUGGAAGACCACACCAACAGUGCCUUGUGGUUGGGCCAUAGAUUGCCUCUACUUGUAGACGUGUUUCCUGGUAAUUCGGACGGUGCCAUUCCUGAGUUUGGAGUCAAGAGAGGAGCCAGAAUCCAACCCCAGGAUUUCGACUCGCACAAGACAGUGAUAAACAAGAAAUAG